CUGCGCGAGUGCCGGGUUCUGCCUCUGGCGACGGCGGCGCGGUGGGCCAGGCCCGGCCCGGCCCGGCCCGGCCCGGCCAUGAGGCUGACGCGGGCGGCGGUGCUGGCUGGGGCCAAGGCCGUCGCUCUUGAUGGUGUCCGCCGCCUUAACUGCUGGGGCAGCCACUUGACGGAUAUAUCAAUAUGCCGGGAUUUGCCCAACAUCGAGGUGAUCACAUUCAGUGUGAAUGGCAUCUCAGAUCUCGAGCCGCUGCAUCAGUGCCAGAACCUGAGUGAACUGUAUCUGAGGAAGAACAACAUUGCAAGCCUAAAUGAGCUCUUCUACCUCAAAAACCUGCCCCGGCUGAGGGUCCUGUGGCUGUCUGAAAAUCCCUGCUGUGGGAUAGACCCCCACCGCUACCGAAUGACGGUGCUUCGUAACCUACCCAGCCUGCAGAAGCUUGAUAACCAAGCUGUGACAGAGGAAGAGCUGUCCCAGGCCCUGAUAGAUGGCGAGGAGAUCACGGCCCCACCAGCAAGGAGGAAUGUGGGGAAUGGCUGCCCUGAGUCCACUGAAUCCAGUGCUGCUGAAUCCACCACAGAGAGUGAACUGCUGAACUUCAGUCUGGAAGAGACAAACAAAAUCCGAGAGGAGCUUGGUAUGAAGCCUGUUCCCAAGGAUAAAUUUUCCUCCUUUUCACCUCAAGAGACAGACUGUAACCACAAGAAUAGAAACAAUGUCCUGAAUGCCGUGCUACUACUCACAAAGGAACUGGAUGUGGAGGGUCUAGAGAUCAUCCAUCAGACAGUGGGGAGGAGGCUCCAAGCCAUUCGGAAGAAGGAGCUGCUGGAGGAGUGACGGUGCCCAUUACAAACCUCCCUGGAGAACCAGCCAGACCUGCAGCACCGUUCUGCUCACACAUGCCUGGCUACAACCAAAGCCUCGGUGUUUCCCUCUGUGCUUUCCCUGUGGAGGGGCUGGACUGGGGUGCUGCCAGCUGCCCCUGUAGCUCUUGACAUCGCCCCUGGCUGUGCACAUCAUGCUGGGGCUGGCAGCGCCUGACCCAGCUCUCGGGAGCUUUCCUGCUUGCAUAGCAGGCUCUGUUAGCAUUUGUAUCUCAUGUUGCUGGGGCUGUUUGAUGGGACCUGGAGGCAAAUCAGCAAAGCAGAAGUGAGCAGGGCUGCAGUGAGUGGUGCCACUGUGCUGUGUGAUGGAAGGGGGAUGGCAAAGCCUGCUGAUGGCCAGAAAGGUCACUUACUGCUUGUUGGUGGCUCCCUGGCAGACAUCCUUGGCCAGCCUCUAUGUGGAACACACUCUGAAGGCAGUUCUACCACAAAGAUCUGGUUUUGUGAAGUCUGUUGGGGAGACACUGUCUGAAGUGAUCACCAAGAGCUCUCUGGUGCAGAUGGUGAAGGUCAAUGUCAAAUUCCUUAAUUAUCUUCAACUCCUGACUUCUGGUGCUCAUUUAUAAUGUGCAGCAUCUGACUUGGCGAUCAGGCAGUGCAAAGAAAAGCUGAUGCAGCCUCAGUGAAACAGCAGUUAUACUCUCCAAGAUCCUGAAUGCUCAGCUCUGCUCUCUCCCCCUCAUGCCCCUGCAGGCGUUAGAGCAGCUUAAGGAAACAUCAGAGUAAAAAGGCCCUGAGCAUUUUGCAGUUAGAAGAAAACAAGCCAGGCGUUACUGUCGGGCUUGCACAGGCAUCAGGAGUUGGUGUUUCUUCUUUAAUUGAAAAAGCUGCAUUUACUAAGAUUUUAUAGAGCUCCUAAAUACAAACUGAAAUGUUGUGACACACCAAAUAAAACCAGUUACCCCUCUA